UGUACGCAAUUAUCUUUUGAAUUUUUUUAUCUGAUCAGCAAACAUGAGCGGACGUGGUAAAGCAGGCAAAUCCAAGGGCGGCAAGUCGAAGACUAGGUCUUCUCGGGCUGGACUUCAGUUUCCCGUCGGUCGUAUUCAUCGUUUAUUGAAGAAGGGAAAUUACGCUGAACGUGUUGGAGCUGGGGCCCCGGUUUACUUGGCUGCCGUUAUGGAAUAUUUAGCGGCCGAAGUGUUGGAAUUGGCCGGUAAUGCUGCCCGCGACAACAAGAAGAGUCGUAUUAUCCCUAGACAUUUACAAUUGGCCAUCAGAAACGAUGAGGAGUUAAAUAAAUUGUUGAACGGUGUUACAAUCGCCCAAGGAGGAGUGUUGCCCAACAUUCAAGCCGUUCUCUUACCGAAAAAGACUGAGAAAACAAAAACGGCCUAAAAUUACUUAUAAUUUACUACUAAAUAACUUUUACCACAUUUUUUUAAAACGGCUCUUUUCAGGGCCACCAAUAAUAACUGCUAACUGUGUAAACCCACUUUUUAAACUUGGAUAGCCAAAUAUACUAUACACUCAGGUUAUACUGUUUAUGACCGAAUAUAUCU